AUAAUUACAGGAAACCUCAACAUCUUCCGAUAGCUUCUUCCGCCUUGAUAAACAAAGUCCGUUUGAACAUCGAGCGUAACAAAAUAAGACCAAACAAUACAAAAUGAAAUAAUAAAAAAAGAUAUCACUGGUUGCUCUGCUAGGGCAACUCGGGUGUUGUUGAUCGUCGCGCGAAUAAUAACAGAAAAAAGGAGGAGGAGAGGUCAACCGGGUAGACAUGUCCAGGGCUCGAGUCUACGCAGACAUCAACAUCCACCGCCCUAGAGAUUACUGGGAUUACGAAUCUCACACGCUUCAAUGGGGUGAUCAAGAUGACUACGAGGUUGUUCGGAAGGUUGGCAGAGGAAAAUACAGUGAGGUCUUUGAAGGUGUAAAUGUCACCAACAAUGAAAAAUGCGUUAUCAAGAUCCUUAAACCCGUCAAGAAAAAGAAGAUAAAGAGGGAAAUAAAGAUACUACAGAAUCUUUGUGGAGGUCCAAAUAUUGUGAAGCUGCUUGAUAUUGUCCGGGAUGACCACUCAAAAACUCCCAGCUUGAUCUUUGAAUAUGUGAACAGUGCAGAUUUCAAAGUGUUGUACCCCACACUGACAGAUUACGACAUUCGCUACUAUAUAUAUGAACUUCUCAAGGCAUUGGAUUACUGCCAUUCGCAGGGCAUAAUACAUCGAGAUGUUAAACCUCACAAUGUUAUGAUCGAUCAUGAGCUGCGAAAACUUCGCUUGAUUGAUUGGGGUCUCGCUGAAUUCUACCAUCCCGGCAAAGAGUACAAUGUCCGAGUAGCUUCAAGGUAGAAUCUCUUUUAUCAU